GUUCCCAAUCUACUUCACGCGGGGGGUUACAUCAAGUAUCAAUCAUUGAAUCUCCAUCGUCCAUUAGUAUAUCUGUCCCAUCUGUCCCCCUGAUCUUGGGCUGUAGGCUCUUAUGAUUUAGAAACUCUGAACUUCAUUCAUCAUCUAAAGCUGAAUCUGUCAACUUGAGUACACGGAUCCUUCAAUAUGCGGCUGUUGCUCUUGGCUCUUCUUCCAUUGGCCUUGGCCAAGUCCGUCUUGGUCACUUUCCCUGAGGGUACCCCGGAUGAUGUGAUCGCUGAGUCGAAGGAAUCCAUCGAGAAGGCUGGUGGAACCAUCACUCAUACCUUCAAUCUGAUUAAGGGCUAUUCCGCCGAGGCUCCCGAUGUGGCGAUCCAGCAGGUGUCCCCCCAGUCGGGCCCUUAUAAGGCCGCAGUCGAGGAGGAUUCACCUGUGUCCAUUUCUUAGGACAGGGUCGACCGUGCACCGCGUCGGUGCCAUACAUUGAGGUCUUAGAAUAUCUCGGGCAGAUAUGGGCCAAUGUGGAACGAUCACGUUUAAGUUAGGAUAGGUGUAUGUUAUUGGAAUCGGAAUUAUAUGUGGACCUGAUUUGCGACUUGACGCUUGCGCUUUACUCUGUUUUGGCUUGAAGGGGAGGGAUAUAUACCUUAGUGUAUGCAAACAUAUAUUGCCGCAUGUACUCCGGAGGUUUGUAUACAAACAUACUUUAUAGCGUCGGGAUAUUGGAUUCGAGGUCUUGCGCCCGUCUUCAGCCACAAAUUUCUCCACUUUGAAUUCCUAUAUAUGAAGAGAAUUGAAGCAAGGGGGUGGUGGUUUAC